GCGUAUCGGAGGUCUUGGUCAAGUCGCCUGAGGGCAUGCUUCGUUUGUCAGUGCCAGCUGCAGCGGAGUGGACAUGCCAGAUACAGAGGCAGCAUUGGGACCUCAGGGCACCGCCGCCCGUAGCUCCCGAGGAAGACGUCCGGAGACAUGUUGUUCUCCAGCAAGCUCUCUGGGCCAACUCAGGGUAUUGGAGCUCAAAGAUUCAACGGGCAAGCUUGAACAUGCUGGAUGUUGCUGGAGUUGUUGCAACAGAAGCAAUUGCUGAGGGAGAACUUCUGGUGAGGUGUCCCAGUACACAUUUUCUGUCUCCGGGCUUGGUUCGACAGCUGGAGCCAGAGUUUGCUACUUUGGCUGCCGUAGUUGGACGGGAGGCCCCUGUGGACAAUCAGGAUAUCGAUGUCUUCUUAGUUGCUAUGUUCCUGGCUGACUGGCUGGCAAAGUGCACACAGGAAGUUCCCCUUACAGGCUUGGAUGGUGCGAGGGGAAGCAUCUUAAGUUCCUUUGCCAAAGUGCUGCAAUGUGAGACCUUUACAGCGCAUCCUUACAGGCUGGCGGCUACUGAUCCAGUCCGUUUUCGAAGCAGCCUCAACCCAUCUUGUGAGGCAGACUUGAUCGAACGCUUAGCCUGGGGAGUGAUGGAGAGAUAUCGCAUUCUUUCUUCGCACAAGACCCCUGGGUACUCUGCAGAGGAUUUUCUUCGAGCAUGGCUCUUGGUUAUCACACGGGCCUUUGAGGUCGGUGGUGCAAGGUCUACACUGAUACCAGGCCUGGACUCCUUCAACCACGAUCCCAGCAAGCAGUGUGCCAAGGUACGGCUGGACAGCUCCGGUGAUAUGUGCCUGGAAGCAACGCGCAGUAUCGAGCCGGGUGAGCAGGUCUUCCUGGAGUAUGGCGAGCUCUCUAACCCAAUGCUCUUUCGUACCUAUGGUUUCACCAUGCCGCCUGAGGCCCUUCCUGUCCAGAGCUGCCUGAUCCUUCCGAACCGCGUCCUGCGAGUGCUGAACAAGCACCUUCCGGCCAGCCAUGCUGGUCGCCUAUUGCAGCUGGACUCCAGCCGACUCCUGCCGGACCUUCGCGGACUGCUUCAG